CGUACCAGCCUGAGGAGGCGCCGCACCUUCUUCCCAAUAUAACCAACUACGGAGUGGGGGCGCGUAACUGCGAGAAGGCAGCAGCCAAAGUGCCAUUAAAGCUCGGGGCGGAAAGGAUGAGUUACCUGGGUCCCCUCUUCAGGGAGAAGCAGAGCCAGCUGGAGGAUUCCCUCUGAAUGAUUAAAAACUCCGCAAUUCUGUUCUGCCACAGGCUGAGUAGGACUCAAGGAACUGCUCUAUUUGAACUGUGCUGACGGGCAGGAGGAUGGGAGACAGGAAUUGAGAGUCACAGAAGAAGGACAGGGGAGUCUGGCAUCUCAUUGGAAAGAUUUACAGAGAACCUACAAGUAAAGAGCUGUUGAAGAGCUCAGAUUAAAGUAGAAGAAACAGAUCAAUAAACAAAAAUUGCAUCAUACUUCUUGCAAUAGAGGUGACCUUCAAGGAUUGUGAUUUAGUGCCAUUCAAGAUCUACUAGCAUCACUUUUGCAUGACUACUGCAAAAAGAUAUCUUUAUAGAAAUCAGUUCUUUUUUGAAGUUUAUAACGUGGACCCUGUUUUCAGAAAGCAGUAUCUUCAGUCUUAAAAAUUGGAGUUGAAGAAAGAAAGAGACUAAAUCGGAAUUUGGGGGUAGUUCUGGAAGCGAAUAUAAGUGUGAAGAGUUUGGCCAGGACUUUUUGCAAGUCAGGUCCAAAUUCUGGAAGGGCAUUCUUUAAUGAGAAACUGCUCAACACACUGAGACACAAGAUACCCUAGUAACCAAGGAUGGCUUCCUCUUGGAAACUAAUUCUGUUUCUGUCAGUAGCUGGGUGUCUUUCAGAAUAUUCUGGAGCUCUUCAUAAUUUCCCUACUUCAUAUGCUGCUUUGCUAAGAAUUAAAAAGAGUUCAUCUUCAUCCCUCUUUGGUUCAAAUAUCAGACCGCGAUACAGCAAUCCUUUAUUAGGAACCCUGAGUGUUUCUUCACCAAGCUGGCGAGGAGCAGCUCAACAUUAUUAUUCCCCCAUCAAUCUUUAUCAUUCCUCAGAUGCCUUCAAACAAGAUGAAAGUGUGGACUAUGGGCCAGUGUUUGUACAAGAGCCAGAUGAUAUAAUUUUCCCGACUGAUUCUGAUGAAAAGAAAGUAGCAUUGAAUUGUGAAGCUCGUGGCAACCCAGUUUCCAAUUACAGAUGGCUUCGAAAUGGAACAGAAAUAGAUUUGGAAAGUGAUUAUCGCUACAGUUUGAUAGACGGGACCUUCAUUAUAAGCAAUCCAAGUGAAGCAAAGGAUUCUGGUCAUUAUCAGUGUUUAGCAGCCAAUACUUUUGGAAGUAUUCUUAGUAGAGAAGCCAUACUUCAAUUUGCCUAUCUGGGAAAUUUUAGUGGCCGGACAAGAAGUGCAGUCUCGGUGAGGGAAGGCCAGGGGGUUGUUCUGAUGUGCUCUCCUCCGCCUCAUUCUCCAGAGAUCAUCUAUAGCUGGGUAUUUAAUGAGUUCCCUUCCUUUGUGGCGGAGGACAGCCGGCGGUUCAUUUCCCAGGAGACAGGCAACCUUUAUAUUUCUAAAGUCCAAUCAUCAGAUGUUGGCAGCUACAUUUGUCUGGUGAAAAACACAGUGACAAAUGCUCGAGUACUUAGUCCUCCAACACCACUCACUCUACGUAAUGAUGGUGUGAUGGGAGAAUAUGAGCCGAAAAUUGAGGUCCAUUUUCCUUUCACAGUUACAGCUGCUAAGGGAACAACUGUUAAGAUGGAAUGCUUUGCACUUGGCAACCCAGUUCCAACAAUCACAUGGAUGAAGGUUAAUGGUUAUAUUCCUAGUAAGGCACGUCUGCGGAAAUCUCAGGCAGUGCUGGAAAUACCCAACGUGCAACUGGAUGAUGCAGGCCUAUAUGAGUGCAGAGCUGAAAACUCACGUGGAAAAAAUUCCUUUCGUGGACAAUUACAAGUAUACACUUAUCCACACUGGGUGGAAAAACUGAAUGACACUCAGUUGGACAGUGGGAGCCCUCUCCGAUGGGAAUGUAAGGCUAUUGGAAAACCCCGACCCACAUACCGUUGGCUGAAGAAUGGAGUGCCUCUUUUGCCUCAGAAUAGGAUUGAGAUGGUUAAUGGAUUAUUGAUGAUCCACAAUGUGAAUCAGUCAGAUGCUGGAAUGUAUCAGUGUUUGGCCGAAAAUAAAUAUGGAGUCAUUUAUGCGAGUGCUGAGCUGAAGAUUCUAGCUUCAGCUCCCACUUUUGCGCUGAAUCAACUGAAGAAAACAAUAAUUGUUACCAAAGGCCAAGAAGUCAUCAUCGAGUGCAAACCCCAAGGCUCUCCAAAACCAACCAUCUCUUGGAAAAAGGGAGAUAAAGCAGUGAGAGAGAAUAAAAGAAUAGCUAUUCUUCCAGACGGAAGUCUACGGAUCCUAAAUGCUUCUAAAUCAGAUGAGGGAAAGUACGUUUGCCAAGGGGAAAAUGUCUUUGGUUCUGCUGAAAUCAUAGCCUCAGUAUCUGUAAAAGAACCUACAAGAAUAGAACUUACUCCUAAAAGAACAGAAUUAACAGUGGGAGAAAGCAUUGUCCUUAACUGCAAAGCAAUUCACGAUGCUAGUUUGGAUGUCACUUUCUACUGGACACUAAAAGGACAGCCUAUUGAUUUCGAGAAAGAAGGUGGACAUUUUGAAAGCAUCAGGGCCCAAGCAUCCUCUGCAGAUUUAAUGAUCAGGAACAUCCUUCUGAUGCAUGCUGGGAGAUAUGGCUGCAGGGUACAGACCACAGCAGACAGUGUGUCAGAUGAGGCAGAACUUCUGGUUAGGGGUCCCCCAGGCCCACCAGGGGUAGUAAUUGUUGAGGAAAUCACCGAAAGCACAGCUACACUCUCCUGGAGUCCUGCAGCUGACAACCACAGCCCAAUCUCCUCCUACAACCUGCAGGCUCGAAGCCCAUUCUCCCUGGGCUGGCAAACAGUAAAAACAAUCCCAGAAAUCAUAACAGGGGACAUGGAGUCAGCUAUGGCAGUGGACCUUAACCCUUGGGUGGAAUAUGAAUUUAGAGUGGUGGCCACCAAUCCAAUUGGGACUGGAGAUCCAAGCACCCCAUCUCGAAUGAUCCGCACAAAUGAAGCAGUUCCAAAGACAGCACCCACCAAUGUAAGUGGAAGAAGUGGAAGAAGGCAUGAGUUAGUCAUAGCCUGGGAGCCAGUAUCUGAAGAGUUUCAGAAUGGGGAAGGCUUUGGCUAUAUUGUGGCUUUCAGGCCCAAUGGAACACGUGGCUGGAAGGAAAAAAUGGUGACAUCCUCUGAAGCUUCAAAAUUCAUUUAUCGAGAUGAAAGUGUUCCUCCUCUCACUCCCUUUGAAGUGAAGGUUGGCGUUUAUAACAAUAAAGGAGAUGGACCUUUCAGUCAGAUUGUGGUUAUCUGCUCAGCUGAAGGAGAACCCAGUGCUGCUCCCACAGAUGUCAAGGCUACAAGUGUGUCUGUGUCAGAGAUUCUUGUUGCAUGGAAACAUAUUAAAGAGAGUCUAGGAAGACCACAGGGAUUUGAGGUUGGUUAUCGGAAAGACAUGGAACAAGAAGAUGCUGCAGAAACAGUCAAAACUAGAGGGAAUGAAUCCUCUGUCAUUCUGACAGGAUUAGAAGGAAACACUUUAUAUCACUUCACAGUGAGGGCUUAUAAUGGAGCUGGAUAUGGGCCACCUAGCAGUGAAGUGAGUGCAACCACCAAGAAAUCCCCCCCUAGUCAAGCACCCAGCAAUCUCAGGUGGGAACAGCAAGGGUCUCAGCUUUCUCUGGGCUGGGAACCAGUCAGACCAUUAGCCAAUGAAUCUGAAGUCAUGGGCUACAAGGUUUUUUAUAGGCAAGAGGGGCACAGCAACAGUCAAGUUAUUGAAACACAGAAACCUCAAGCAGCAGUACCACUGCCAGAUGCCGGAGUCUAUAUUAUUGAAGUUCGAGCAUACAGUGAAGGAGGGGAUGGGACAGCUAGUUCCCAAAUCAGGGUACCAUCCUAUUCAGGUGGGAAAAUCACUAGUGCCCAGUCGACCCUCCACACACUCUCCCCAUCUUCAUCAUCGGUAACAUUGCUCUUGGCAUUGAUGAUUCCCUCAACCUCUUGGUGAAAACUGCAGACUUAUCUUACUUUGCUUUGCUUUAGCUUGAAAAUAGCGGUGAAUAGAGUGUAGUGUAAGUGGAGACCCAGGACCCUGAGAUGAGCUUUAAAAAUCUGGGACUACACAUGGUGCACUUAUAGGAGGUUGGGGGGAAUAUUACUUAUCCAUCAGGUUUCUCUUUGGUUUUGUAAAUGGAGAGGACAGUUCUUGGUCCAAUAAAAUAUGCAGAUUGUAUGUAAUGAAUUUUUUGUAAGCAAAGGUAAUUUCUGUCAAAUGUAUUCUUUACUUUUGUAAUAUGUUGGAAUUUGAUUUUAUAUAUGAUGACCCUGAGUGUGUGCCAUCCAUUUGUUAAGUAAGUGGUCUCUAGCAGAUCUGUUUCAAACACAAAUACAAAACUGAGAAUGAAAAGUUUGCUAAAGAUUCUGAGUCUACUGUUUUUCAUUUUCCCUUUGGCUAAGUAUCCCAAUUAACAGGCUGGUAGAAGAUAUGAAAAAAAAAAGUACUUCAGUUGUGUGAUCCAUUAUAGAAUAGUACACAAAAGUUUGUUUUUGAAAACUAUUGUGUUAUUGCAUAGCGAAAUAGCAAAAUUUGCCAAUAUGCUAUUCUAUAUGCAUCCCUAGAGCAAGUUAUUAGGGUAGGGAAUAAGCCAUUCACAUUAGUGCAAGGUAAAUAGAGAGUCCAGAUGAAUUUAAGUGCUAUUGUUUUUCAUUAAUUACUAUGUUAUCUAGCUGCAAAUAUAAUAAAUCUUUAUUUUUAAUAACAAAAGAUUAAAGUCACAAAAAAUAUGGUCACUAAAAACUGCAGUCACUGAUAUGUUCCGAAGGGUGCUAACUUGAAAACAAAAUUAAUACAGGACAGAGCUUUCCCAUUUUCCCACCUACUGCCAAAAUAGAUGUUGAAUUAAGUUCACGGUUUUCUUCUAAUUGGCAAUAAUUUUAAGGACAAUUAAAAUCUGUUGUGCAAAUAAUUAUGCAUACAUAUAUAGUCUGUGAAUUAAAAUGUUUCAAGCAUAACAAAUGAAUUUUGAUUUUUUAAACACAUCCACACAUCACAUAACACUUGUAAA